AUGCCAACCCCGAUCCCCGGCUUCCUGCUACCACGAGGCCCCCCAUCAGCGCUGACGCUGCGCGCCCUCAGCCGCCAAAGCGCGCAACGCAGCUUCAGCUCCACCAGCGCGAUAUUGGCUAAGAAAGCCAAAAGCACCACCACGCCCAAGCAGCGCGUCCUCGAGAAACCAGAUAGAUUCCGCCCACCUUCGCACCCGCAGCGGUUCGUAGCCCCGUCCCCGAAGAAUGCACCGCCCGGUCAGCCGUUCGAGUACGGUCCGCGCACGACGGAGAAAGAGCGCGUCGAGCAGACUAAGAGACAAUACCCGGGGAUGUUCCCGCCUGAAGGAACAGUUAUGUAUAAGUUUUUGACGAGCAAGUGGAUUCAUAUUUGGAUUGCAAUGAGUGUCCUAAUCUCCUGCGCGGGCUUCACCUUCACAACAAACUUCAAAGCAACAUCGCCCUUCGCCCACCUCUUACCUUCCUGGUCGGAGUUGCUGACCUCGCCCAUCGGCACGAUCUCGCGGGCCUUCUCUGUGUGGCGCAUGCAUGUGGAGCACAACUCUAUGCGCGUGCGUGAGCAGCGUCAUCGUCGUAUUGAGGACGCGGAGAAGAGGAAGCAGUAUCGGAUUGCGCAUGGGCUUGAGGAGGAGCCUGCGAAGGAUGCCAAGGAUGACGCUGAGGUUGAUGUGCAGUCGCCUGUGGCUGAUGCUGCUGUUGAUGCUAAGGAGGGUGCGAAGGAAUUUGUGGAUUGGGAGGGGAAUAAGAAGCCCGUUAAGAAGUGGUUGGGGAUCUGGUGA